GAUAAGAUGAUGGAGGACUACAGUCUGGAAAAGAAUGAGAGAGGAUGUAUAGACUUUGCCAUAAACGCCAAGCCCCUGACCCGCCACAUGCCCAAGAACAAGCAGAGCUUCCAGUUCCGAAUGUGGUCGUUUGUGGUGUCCCCACCGUUCGAGUACAGCAUCAUGGGUCUGAUCGCACUCAAUACUAUAGUCCUUAUGAUGAAGUAUAAUGGGGCGUCUGACACCUAUGAUAAAGUCCUGAAGAACAUCAACAUCGUCUUCACUACCCUCUUCUUCAUGGAGUGUAUUCUCAAGAUCAUCGCCUUCGGGGUUUUGAAUUAUUUUAAAGACGCUUGGAACAUUUUUGAUUUUGUCUCCGUGCUCGGAAGCUUCACUGAUAUCCUGGUGACAGAAUUUUGGGUAAGUGCGUCUUGGGGCAUAGUACUAUAGGCUAUGUGUGUGGUUUUAAUUAGCAGUGGGAUGGGAAUUAGUAAGUAUGUGGUGGUAUGUACAUGUGUCUACCACAUACACACCUGUAAAUGUCUACUACUGAUCUAUGAUUUAUUAAUAAGAUACUGGGUGUGGUGGUAUGUACAUGUGUCUACCACAUACACACCUGUAAAUGUCUACUACUGAU